GACUGGACAGACCAGUCAGUGACAGGCAUCCCAUGUCAUGUUCACCGCUCCUAUAAGAUGCCACACUGUCUUACAGAGUCUUCAGUCAGCCAAGUUUCAGAUUUGACCAAACUCUGCUCCCUCAGGAAAGCAAGAAGCUGUAGCCAUGUCUAAAAAUAUGGUCGUGACCCAACCCCGGCCCUACAUCAUGACCACUGUAUCCAACCAAUGGACGUCUGGCAUCUGUGACUGCUUCCAAGACCUGCCCCAGUGCUGCCUGGCCUUUUGGUGCCUUCCCUGCUUCACCUGUAAGACCGCACACGAGGCCGGGGAGUGUCUGUGUUUACCUCUGCUGGACGCCUUUGGACUCAUCCCACCUAUGACCACAGCCCUCAGGGUGUCAGUGCGCCAGAGAUAUGGCAUUGAGGGCACAGUCUGCAAAGACUGUGUGUACGCCUUCUUCUGCGGGCCCUGCACCUGGUGUCAAAUAGCAAGAGAAAUCAAAACAAGGUCGAGCCCCAUUACCCUCGUCAACAUGUCGGCCCGAUAAGAACAAAGAGUUUUUUUUUAUCAUCAUGUCAUCAGUAAUAAAAAACAAACAUCACCACCAUCAUCAGGGACUAUGUUCUUCAUCAUCAGCGUUGUCAUGCUAUUUGGAAUAAGAGGGGACACACUGACCUGUGUUUCUGAGCACGUCUGCUGCUGUGGAAUGUCACAAAGCAGCUGAUUAGAGAUCAGCACAUGAGGGUCACAAAUGUUUCAUAAAUUACUGUAAUGACAGAGGACAGAGAUAAGCAGCCACAGUGACAUCCACUGACAGAUAGUAAUGAGCACCAGCCAGUGACAAUGAUAUAACUGCAUUGUUUAUUAUCUUAAAAUUUUGGUUUAAAAUUUGUUUUUUUUUUAUUCUUAUACUUCGCCCGUCACAUCCCAGAUGUUCGUUACAUGUGUUCCUUUAAUUGCAUGAACCAUUGGAUUGGUUAUCCUUCAGAAGUAUGUGUUUAACUAUAAAUUGGCUUAUUUUCAUUUGUUAUAUGAAAAGCCAAGGAGGAAAAUCAUUAAAUCAUACAUUGGAAUUUUUGGAGCCAUACAACGUGCCCAGAUAAUUUAGAAGCCUAUUUUGUAUUUAAAACAUAGCGACUGCAUGUGAGUCCUCUAGAACAGUGCAAUAAAACUCUGACUCAUCAAAGCCUGUGUGAAGGUCAUCACAGUAAAUCUCAGUGUGCAGUGUCCUAUGCAAACCACACAUGCAAAUCUGCCAGUUGGGCCGUGCCUUGAAGCAUCAAAUAUCCACUUUUUGCUCCAUGUGUUCAAACCAGAUGUUCCAACGCGACAAAGAAGUUCCAACGGCAGGUUGCUUUGGCCUCUGGUGCUGCCCUUGCCUCACCUGCACCACCA